CUGUCCCUGCCUGUCCCUGCACAGGGUGACUGGCAGUGAGCAGGGGCCACGCCAGCCCAGGAAGGAGACAAGAGAUGAGGGGCCCUUCAUUCACUGCCAUCAUCUUCCUCGGGUCACUGGAUCCUCCGUUCUGCAGAUAUUUCUGGGUCCUGCUUGCCCCGGUACCUCUUUCCUGUUCUGACCCUCACCCCAAUUCCAAGGCAUGAGGCACUCCGCUGUGUUCUCAGCAGUGAGGACAGACAACCUUAGUUUCAUCAGUGACGACUCAAGCACUUCCCAGGCCGAGACCCCGAGUAGGUCCCAAAUGGCUCCAGUUCAAACCUGCUAGGCAGGAGAUUUCCAUCAAAUCGUCCAGCCUCUGAAGGCCAGCCCCACAACCAGCAGGAAGCAGACACUCACCUGUCAAACCUCAGUGGCAUUAGCUAAGAGCUUCCCACAGAGCCCACUGCGUUCUGCUUCAAGGAUGGAAUCAGGUGAGGGAUCCUCAGUGUCCCCAGAAGCCGUCACCAAUGCCGGGCCUGGCAGCUCCUCCCUGGGGAAGCUUCGAGAGCUUCCUAUUGGAACCGGCACCCACCCAGGGGAUCCUGACAGUCCGGCUCCAGACACCUGCCCCUUGGGGGAGCCCAGAAGCAUCAUGAAGAUCCCCAACCGGGACAGCGGGAUUGACAGCCCGUCCUCCAGUAUAACCUGUGAGAGCUUCCCCUGUGAGGAGGGCCCCGAGGUCCCCCCGGGUCCCACGGUGCUGGGGCUGCACCCUGAGACUGGUGUGGACAGCCAGGCGUUGCAGGACAGCCCCCAGGAGGAGGCUGACAGUGACGUGGGUGAGGAGCCCGACCCUGGGAAGAGCCCUGCGAGAGUAACCCAGCUGGUCUCCUUCCCCUUGCAGUGUUCUGACCCGCAGAAGCUGUUCAACAUCGCCCAGGAGCUCCUGCACACUGAAGAGACCUACGUGAGGCGGCUGCACCUGCUGGACCAGGUUUUCUGCACCGCACUGACGAAAGCAGGAAUCCCUUCGGAAGUCACUACUGGCAUCUUCUCUAACAUCUCCUCCAUCUACCGCUUCCACGGUCAGUUCCUGCUGCCCGAGCUGCAGCGGCGGAUCACGGAGGAGUGGGACACAAACCCCCGGCUUGGGGACAUCCUGCAGAAGCUAGCCCCGUUCCUGAAGAUGUAUGGCGAGUAUGUCAAGAACUUUGACAGGGCGGUGGGGCUGGUGAGCACGUGGACCCAGCGCUCGCUGCCAUUUAAGGACGUUAUCCACAGCAUCCAGAAGCAGGAUGUGUGUGGGAACCUGACGCUGCAGCACCACAUGCUGGAGCCCGUGCAGAGGGUGCCCCGCUACGAGCUGCUGCUGAAGGACUACCUGAAGAGGCUCCCCAGGGGGGCUCCGGACUGGAAGGACGCGGAGAGGUCCCUGGAGCUCAUCUCCACAGCCGCCAACCACUCCAAUGCUGCCAUCCGGAAGAUGGAGAAAAUGCACAAACUCCUGGAGGUGUACGAGCAACUAGGUGGAGAGGAAGACAUUGUCAACCCGGCCAAUGAGCUGAUCAAGGAGGGCCACAUUCAGAAGCUGUCGGCCAAGAAUGGCACGGCCCAGGACCGCCACCUCUUCUUGUUCAACAGCAUGGUCCUCUACUGUGUGCCCAAACUGCGACUCAUGGGCCAGAAGUUCAGUGUCAGGGAGAAAAUGGACAUCUCUGGUCUCCAGGUGCAGGAUAUCGUCAAGCCAAACACAGCACAUACAUUCAUCAUCACAGGAAAGAAAAGGUCCCUGGAGCUUCAGGCCCGGACAGAAGAAGAGAAGAAAGAAUGGAUUCAGGUCAUUCAGGCCACCAUUGAGAAGCACAAGCAGAAGAGCGAGACCUUCAGGGCGUUCAGCAGUGCCUGCAGCCUGGACGAGGACUCGGGCCUCUGCCCAGAUUCCCCGAUGGUGAGCACAAGCUCCACGGAGCCUGCAUUGGUGACCGAUGGCAGUGGGGGUGCCAUAGGGCUCGAGUCCAGAAAACUCUCCUCCAAGGCCAAGCGUGACAAGGAGAAGCAGAGCUGUAAGAGCUGCGGUGAGACCUUCAACUCCAUCACCAAGAGGAGGCAUCACUGCAAGCUGUGCGGGGCAGUCAUCUGUGGGAAGUGCUCUGAAUUCAAGGCUGAGAACAGCAGACAGAGCCGGGUCUGCAGAGGGUGUUUCCUGGCAGAGCGGGUGGCCCCUGCAAGUCCCAGUGCUGAGGCUCCCUCUGAUUCCAAGCAGAGCACAGAGAAACCACCCGCGGUGGGUCCCCAGCCCAGCCUCAUCAGCGGGCCCCUGUGGCUGUCAGACAAUGGCACAUCCUGGAUUGAGGUAUGGGCCACCAUCCCCGCAUCGGACCCCCGGGUGCUGGACCUGCGUGGCAGCAGCGAGGAUGGCCGGCUGCCGCACGCCGUCCCUCUGUCUGGCUGCAGGGUGGGCACUCCAGACCCCGAGGAGGGGCUGACAGCGGGACACCUGUGGAAGCUGCAGAAGGGUCAGCAGCGCUGGUACUUCAGGGCCCCCUCCAGGGAGCUGCGGCAGAGCUGGCUGGGAGCACUGCGUGCUGCCGCCCUCGGGGACACCACCCAGGAGAGCCCUGGUGCCCCGCAGCCCCAGGCCCCGACCGGCACAGCUUCUUCCUGAGCAAAGCUUUGCUCUCUGUGACAAUGACACGUGGAGCCUCUGCUCUCCUGGGAGGCAACGUCUGACCACAUGAAGAAGUGAAGCGCUGCGGGGGUGGGGCGGUGGGAAGUCCCACGGCUCAGACCCUGGAGGGUCUCUCUGCUUUGAUGAGGAGAAACUGAGGCCCGGAGAAGACCACCGCUUGCCCAGAGUCGCCCAGCACGUCUCAGGAAAGAGCCCAAGCCUGGCUCUAGCCCAGCAGUGUGGCGGGAGCAGGGAACCUGGGCCACUGCCAAAGGCCGCGUCCUCUGAGUCGGUCCUGGGGUCGCUUUGGCUCGUGAGACAGAGGAGGCUGGGUGGGUGCUGCCCGGCGAUGACCGCUUCCCACCGGGUCCGCUGUUGCUCCUGGAGUGGGCAGUGCUGCCUGGGGUCUGCCCUGGCCCCUGUGGAACUGGACUGGGACUUGCUUCUUGGGGCUCUACCUUCCUUCUCGGCCCUCUCCGAGGCUCUGCCUCAGCUACCCACGGAGGGACCAAGGUGGACCUGUCCUGUCCCACAGCAGGACUCUCAGUUCCUGAACAGUCACAGUCAGAAACACUGCUGGAGCCUGGCCCUGGCCCUGUGGGGUGGGCGUGGAGACUGUGGCUGUCCCCUUCGUGGGUGGAAGCCACGCCUGUCUGUGUAAAUAAACACUGGCUCUCAGCACGUGGGCUCAGCCUCAGGGCCCACCCCAAGGAAGGUGAUGACGCAAGGGUGACAGAAUCGCCUGGGCUACUCCCUGGCCCAGCAGUUCCACAUCUCUGGUCCAACCAAGGGUGUUGGGGUCCUGCGUACAAGACGUGGGGGACAUGGCAAAGGUCAUGAGGGUGGGGGUACCGUGCAACAGAGCCCAGGGGCCAGCAGGAGGGGGGGGAGUUAGAGACUGAUGACAGCACUAUGUGGGGUGCCCACCUGGGAGGCUGAGAGGGUGGGUGUGAGCAGAAAUGGGUGAUUGUCACAGGUAGAUGGGGACACAGGUAAGGUGGGGCCGGGGCAUAGUGAGCUGGGGUGGGGCAGAGGCAAGGUGGGGGGAACCAGCUCCUGCAGGAGACUCCUGGGCUGUGUGGGGCGGCCCCAGGACACUGUGCGUGGAGUCCCUGCUACACCUGGCCGUGUGCCUGGCUCAGGAAGCAAAGCAGCUCCAUGCGCCCACCUAGGAGCUGGGGCCUGGUCCUUCUGACUGUCCCGCAAGCAAAUGCAUCAAGUGCCCCACUCAGCUUGGGCCUGGGCAGGGCUUCAGGUGCAGAGGCAUGAGGGCCCCACGGGGUGGCUGGAGCAGCCCUGAUGUCACUUUCUACCCUCAGCCUCUUCGAGGCUCACACCCUCACUUGGGCCCUAACACGGCUCCACCUGCUCCCAUAGCUGCGUUCAUUCCUGCCAUCUCAUCACCACCCCAGGAUGUUCCCACCUGAGGGGGGCAAACAGUCACGGACAGAUGAAGCCUGUGAGACCCACGGAGCCAUCAGCUGGAACUGGCCCCCUGGGCACAGUGACUCCCGUAGGGACUGCCGUCUGUGGGGGUCCAGAGACUGCUGUGGGGCUCCCAGGGUGGGGCCCGUAACUCCAACUUCUGUCUCCAGCUGCAGCAGCCCAGACCUCACAGUGACUUGCGGGUGAACCGAGGCCAGUGCUGGACAAUGUGGGGAGCCUCCCCCAGUGUGGGCCUGAGAGGCAGAGGGAGCUUCCAGUGUUCUCUAGAGGUGAGAGAAAUCCGGGGGAAAAAAGAAAAGAGAAACAAACAAACAAUAAAAGGAAACCCGGGCGUUCUUCCU